CGAGUACAACGCCCUGUACAAGUUCUCUUUUUGCUCUGAUUGUGCCGCCAUUAGGUUUUACCUUUCAGCUUUAUGCCCACUAUACAAAACCACCGGAGAUUCUUCAUUCAGAGAGAGAUGAACAACUGAAAAAACAUCAUGACAUCUCUGGUAAGACCUAUACUCUACUCUGCACCCUCUAAUCCUCCCAACAAAUGUUUUACCCACUCACUGUGAUCCACGCUCGCUCUCAAAUCUGUCUCCCCAAGAAGAAAAGAAAAAGAAAAAGAAAAACCCCAUCCUUUUUCCUCAAAUAUCUAUAACCCAUUUUCUUGAAUCUCUGCCCCUUUUUCCUAUUCCUCAUCCUUUAUGUUUAUUUCAAACAAAAACUUGUCCUUUUUCAUUAUAAAAGUAAAAACCAAGUCGGGUACCCAUCUUCGAUUGUGAUUUGUAAAAAGGAAGGGUUUUGAGUUGCUCUUUGAUCUUCCUUUCCUCCAAAGUGGCGAAGAUGAGUUUGAGUGCAGCCGAGGAUGAUUCGGCUUCAGAAAUUCACAUCCCAGCAGAGAUUGAUUGGCACAUGCUUGACAAGUCAAGGUUUUUCUUCCUCGGCGCCGCCUUAUUCUCCGGUGUUUCAGCUGCGCUUUAUCCUAUGGUCGUGUUGAAGACCCGCCAACAGGUUUCUUCCACACACUACUCUUGCCUCAACAUGUCUUGUGCCAUUAUGCGCUACGAAGGUUUCAGAGGUUUUUACAAAGGUUUUGGUACUUCUUUGAUGGGAACCAUCCCUGCUCGUGCACUUUACAUGGCUGCCCUUGAAAUCACCAAGAGUAAUGUUGGCACCGCUUUUCUUGAUUUGGGUUUCUCAGACACCACAGCCACUGCCAUAGCUAGUGCCACGGCAGGGGUCACUUCUGCUAUGGCUGCACAGUUAGUUUGGACACCAAUUGAUGUUGUGAGCCAAAGACUUAUGGUUCAAGGCACCGGUGGAAGCAAAACUAUACUAGCUAAUCUUAAUUCUGAGAAUUACAGGAAUGGCCUUGAUGCGUUCAGGAAAAUUCUGUGUUCGGAUGGACCAAGAGGGUUCUAUAGGGGAUUUGGGGUUUCCAUUUUGACUUAUGCGCCAUCCAAUGCGGUUUGGUGGACUUCAUAUUCAAUGGUCCAUAGGCUCAUUUGGGGUGCUUUUGGUUGUUAUAUGGGGAAAAGGGAUGAGAGUGGUUUGGGUAAUGGGUGUGGUUUUAGACCUGAUUCCAAGGCAAUGGUAGCUGUUCAAGGAUUGAGUGCUAUUAUGGCCAGUGGGGUCUCAGCAAUUGUAACGAUGCCACUUGACACAAUCAAGACAAGGUUGCAGGUGUUGGAUGCAGAGGAGAAUGGACGAAAGAUGCCGUUAACUUUUUUGCAGACGGUUCGGAAUUUGGUGAAGGAAGGUGGCAUCCCUGCUUGUUACAGAGGAUUGGGGCCAAGGUGGGCUUCAAUGUCCGUGUCUGCAACUACCAUGAUUACUACCUAUGAGUUUCUUAAACGCAUGUCUACAAAGAGUCAAUAGAAAUUUGACCGCAUAAUAUGCCAAGCAGUUUAAAAGAUUAUAUAUAGGAAUUAGGAUCCUUCUUUCUUUCUUUCUUUUUUUAAUUUUCUUUGAAAUUUAGUCUGUAGUAGCUUGUAGUCUUGUACAUUCAACUUUGUUUUUCUUCUCAAAAUUUACCUAACACA